AUGUCGGUUUCUUGUGGGGUAGAAUGCGUGGUGAUUUUUGGUUGCGUUAGGUGGGCGUGGAAGCGCUGCACCUAUGUUGGAGGCGAUGACAGUGCCACCUGGCCCACUGCUACGCACGAGGAGUUCGAGCCCAUCCCUCGUGUCUGCCGCCUCAUCUUGGCCGUGUACAAGCCCGACCUCGUUUCCUCCAAGUAUUCCCCCGCCGAAGGCUUCUGCCUAAACCCCGACUGGGUCGUCAAGCGUGUCACCUACGAGAAAACGCUCGGCCACGCGCCGCCUUAUAUAAUUUACCUUGACCAUGACAAUCGUGAAAUAGUACUAGCCAUCCGGGGGUUGAACUUAGCGAAAGAAAGUGAUUAUAAGUUGUUAAUGAAUAAUCGUCUGGGUAUGCAAAUGUUUGAUGGAGGGUAUGUGCAUUAUGGGUUGUUGCAAUCGGCUAUGUGGGUUUUGGAAAAUGAAUCAGAGACCUUGAAGAGGCUAUGGGAGGAGAAUGGGAAAGAGUAUAAGAUGGUUUUUGCGGGGCAUUCAUUGGGGUCUGGGGUCGCUGCACUUUUGAGUGUGAUUGUGGUGAAUCAUGGGGAUAAACUUGGGGGGAUUCCGCGAAGUUUGGUGAAGUGUUAUGCUGUGGCACCAGCACGCUGUAUGUCGCUCAACUUGGCCGUUAAGUAUGCCGGUGUUAUAUCCUCAGUCACGUUGCAGGAUGAUUUCUUACCAAGAACACCCACUCCAUUGGAAGAUAUAUUCGAAUCUGUCUUCUGUUUGCCGUGCUUACUGUUUCUCGUGUGCCUGAGGGAUACCUUUAUACCAGAAGGUAGAAAGCUUAGAGAUCCAAGAAGAUUGUAUGCACCUGGUCGAAUUUAUCACAUUGUGGAAAGAAGAUUUUGUAGAUGUGGAAGGUAUCCUCCAGAGGUUAGAACAGCCAUCCCUGUUGAUGGAAGAUUUGAACAUAUUGUCUUGUCAUGCAAUGCUACGUCUGAUCAUGCUAUUAUUUGGAUAGAACGAGAGGCAGAACAUGCCUUAGAAAAACUGAAAGACCACAGUACAGAAACCACCAUGGCACCGCCUAAAGUCCAAAAAUUUGACAGGAAGCAGACAAUUGAGAAAGAACACAAGGAUGCUUUAGAGAGGGCUGUGAGUCUGAAUAUUCCUAAUGCUGUUACAACUACUGGAGAAGAAUCCUCAGGCAGCAUUGAAGGGUCAUCUUCAGGGGGCAAGCAUAUCAAACCUUGUAAGAAUGAAACAGAGAAUUCCGAGGAAACUAAAAAAUCGUCAAGUAAAAAUGCUAGAACUAAUUGGAACGAAGUAGUUGAGAAGCUUUUCAAGAGGGAUGAACCGGGGAAACUCAUAUUGAAAGGAGACACCUCUGUUACUGAAUAA